AUGGCUUUAGUAGCAGAACCUUAUGUUGGAUCUGACAAUGUCGUCAAAUCAAUUCCUGGCAUAAACAUCUUCCAGUUUCCCAAUGGAAAAAGAGUCAAGGCAUGCAUUAUAGCAAAAGCGAGUUGUGGACCCAUACUGGGAUUUUCCCAAUUCUCAUCCGCCAAUAUGAGUGUAGUGCAGAUCAACAUCAAUGGUCGAAGGUUAUACAUAGCUUCGGUCUAUAUUGAACCCAAUAGCGAUGAAGACAAUACCUUACAACGGUUAGACAACUUCCUAAAAAUGACAUGCAACAGCCACCAGUUGGUGGGUGGUGAUUUCAACGGCUGGCAUCCGAUAUGGGGCAGCGACCGUGCGAAUUCACGUGGCAAUAAAAUAGUAAACAUUGCAUAUGGUAACAAUAUGUUUUUAUGCAACAAAGGAGACACUCCCACUUUUGAAACUAUCUCGCAUGGUCAAAUUCGUCAUUCAUUCAUAGACCUCACCAUGGCCUCUAGCACCAUAUACGAUCAGGUACUUGACUGGAGAGUUGACAUCGACAUUUGUCCCUCCUCACAACACAGGGCCAUUGUGUUCUCAAUCUGUACGCUAAGAAGAAGAAGCAACUCCGGUAAAAGUACCACUACAUUCAGAUAUAACACAAAGAGAGUCAACUGGGAUGAGCUAAGAUCUCCAUUCAUAAGCAUGAUAGAAGAACGUUUGCCCCGUAAUGUCGUUAUUGAAAGCUUGGAUGAAAUUGAAUUAGAAAAGUAUAUCAACCAUAUUACCUCUAUUAUACAGACAAUCUGCGACAAGUUAAUUUCAAAGUCAAAUGCCCAAAAUUAUCGUUGCCCGUGGUGGACGGAGGAACUUGAAAAACUCAAGAAGGAUGUAAUUCGUAACCACCAUCAAAUUCAAAAACUUAUUCGUCAGAAAAGGCCUAUAGAGAGCGUGCUGGAAGAAAAAACACGACUUAAAGAGGCAUACUCCAAAGCAUUUAGAGAAACUUCCACUAGACAUUUCAGGGAUUUCUGUGAAAAACAGGGCAAGGAAGAUGUCUGGUCAGUCACUAAUAGAAUAAUAAAAUCUGGACCUCCAAUACAACCUCCAGUCACCCUGAAAAGGAGCAACGGCACAUUUACCACCACCAGUUUAGAAACAGCUCAAGAACUUCUCAAUCAAUUUUAUCCGGACGAUGACUUGAAUGAUACCCCACAACAUACGGAAAUGAGGAACUUUUCCUUGGCCAUGCCGGAUACACCGAAUGAACCCUUAUUCGAAUUCGAAGAGAUCAUAUCAUGCCUUAAUAGUAUGAAUCCCAAAAAGGCUCCCGGCACCGAUCAUCUUACUGCAGAUAUCUGCCUACUCUUCGCAAAUUCCUUUCCACAUUUAAUCACAUCUGUUAUGAACCAAUGUCUGAGACUCGGUUACUUUCCCGAAAUAUGGAAGCAGGCGUUUAUAAAAAUUAUACCCAAACCUAAUAAAGAAAUAUAUACAGAUGUAUCUUCAUUCCGUCCUAUUGGUCUAAUAAACGUCUUUGGCAAACUAUUAGAGAAACUCAUCACACCUUCUAUCUGGCAGUCAGCCCUUAAAUACACAUGCGUAAUCAAUAAACUACUUUCCCUGCAGCGCGGAUUCGCAAUAAAUAUUAUUCGGGGUUUCCGAACUGUAAGUACUGUAACCAGUAUAUCCCUUGCACAACUUAGUCCUUUACCUGCCAAAAUAGCAGAAAUGGCUGAUAACGAAUUAACAAGAAUAUCGCGGAAAUCACAAUAUCUCCCAAAUGACAUCACUCUGGACACACCGGCCGAACCCGAGAAGCUUUUGCACCCAUCUUUGCGAAAGUCAAUUAAAUACUGUGAAGAAUCAUCCCCAAAUGACAUUGAAAACAUCGAAAGUCAAAAUGGUUAUCGCAUAUUUACGGAUGGAAGCAAACACGAUGAAAAGGAAAUUGCCAAUCCAAAUAGUUAUAACUCUCUCGUCGUGGUAAUCCACAAAAUCUUACACCAAUGUCAAACUAAAAAUCUUAGUAUUAAACUCCUCUGGGUAAAAGGACACUCGGGCAUCCCUGGAAAUGAAACAGCAGAUCUAGCCGCCAAAAGCGCUGCCACUUCUCACCGUGCAUACGAUUUCACUCAAUUUCCUAUGAGCUACAUCAGACAUAUAAACAGUCAACGCACAGCCGCUGAAAUGAAAUCAUUUUAUUCUCAAAACAACCAAUCCAUUUACACCAAAUAUUUGCUUCCAACAUAUGAAGAUCUUACGAAAUUUACUCAACUAUUAAAGCCUAACUUUGCAAUGACACAGUUCCUCAGCAAUCAUGGGUACCACAAAGAGUAUUUACACCGUUUUAAAAUAACAAACGAUGACAAAUGCCCAUGCGACUCAUCCAGUAUUCAAUCUAUGGCACAUCUUGUUCAGCGGUGCCCUGUAUUCAGUAGAACUCGGGCAAAUCAUGAGAUCGCAUGCACACUGCUUAAAAUUAAACCGUAUGAUAUGACUGAGAUAAUUAGUAAGGAAAGCAGCGUUGAAUCCUUUAAAAACCACAUCACUCAUAUUGUUAAUAAUCUUAAAAAUCUCAAUGGAAGUAGGUAG